GGCACCGUGCCUUGUUUCCAGGUCGCCUUUGUGAAUAUGCUCUCCGUUUUAGCCGCACGAUAGGUGCACCUUUGUCAGGUGCACCUUUGCCAGUCACACAAUUGCGACCACUGCUCGGCAACACCAGAUGCCAGAGCUAGCUUACUUCUUCCUAGACUGUCCUUCAAAUAAAACUAGGGAGUACAAAAUGUAGGUUCGGUUACAUACUUGAUGUUUCGACAGCGGAUACACUAUGGUCAUUCUAUUCUGUUAAGACUUGACUCGAUCUACUACGAGCCUAGGCCAGGUUCAUCAUAUCUCUCGUGCGCAUAAUGUCAAUAUUCCUGGAAAAGCUUUACACGACGAAGAUUCCAUAUAUUCUUGUAUCUUGACUCCGGUUUAAGCUCUUUGAUGCGCCCCGCGGUCGCUUAUCGGUGCCCCUCUUACCAUACCAUACCGCUUAUCCGCACUCGCCCGCACUCACCUGCACCUCUUCCUUCGUCAUGAUCUGUGUAACAUUGAAAAAGUACUGUAUUUCACCCGGAGACAGCCGAUCACCGCGGAUAAUCGCCUGUCACGAAAAAAGAACUGGCCUGCCCUAUACCACCUUGUUAGAACUACACAUCUUUCCCUCGUGUCAGCCGAUCCUACCGCAGAGUUGCCAGGUCUCGAAUUCAGCAGGACCAUCCCUAGUGUUGUAGCAUUUUCCGCCCAUACUCCGCAUCGUGCUGGGACUUCCUGUUCGGGCAGAUCGUUAUCGGGUCCUACUCAGGGGGAAAAGUUAUAUCAAUAAACCCUGCUGUCUCCAUGGAUGCUUGAUUUUUGAGGAUUUGGUGAACUCGUCUUUUGAAGAGCGUUCAUAGUCCGAUACUGUGUGACACAUUCCUUAAAACUGGACUGGCCUGGCACUGGAUAUCGCCUUUCACUCUUUAUCCACUUUCAUUGAUCGAGUUGCCGAUCCCCCUCGCUUACAACACGUCAUGGCGCAAGCAUACGCAUAUACCGUCUAUCGCGGCACUUUCAUUCAGACACUUCGUCUACCAGAAUCUAACCCUCGGCCCAAGACCGAGCUUGUGCGCAAUCGCGGCGCUCUGUGGGUGUCUUCUGCAGACGGCCGAAUCAAAGGAUUCGACUGGCAGGCUCGCGAUGAUGCCUCUUUCCGGGAACUGAUGACCCGUAACGCAUGGGUCGAUGUGGAUGCACCUGUAACAAAUGGUUAUGGUGGAAACGAGGUCAAAGUGAAGAUUGUCCUCGCGAGCGAGGACAAUAAUGAAUUCUUCUUCCCAGGUUUCAUCGACACACAUAUUCAUGCACCGCAAUUUCCUAACGUGGGCCUGUUCGGCUCUUCGACUCUGCUGGAUUGGCUGGAAACAUAUACGUUUCCCGUUGAGUCUGGCUUUGGCGUCCAGGGAGACGAGCCCAACGGAGAUGCCAAACUUCCAAAAGACGCAACCCCAUCUGCACUGCGGAUCUAUGACCAAGUCGUUGCACGUACCUUGUCUCACGGCACGACAUGCGCAUCGUACUUUGCCACGAUCCAUGUCCCGGCGACCAAUGCACUUGCGGCACUAUGCCACUCGCGCGGACAGCGUGCGUUCAUCGGACGCGUGUGCAUGGAUAGCCCAGACUUCUGCCCUCCUUAUUAUAAGGACCUCUCGGCUGAUGACUCACUAAGCGCGACGAGAUCCACUAUUGAGUAUAUCCAUGCUCUUGACCCGAAGGGUAACCUUGUUAAGCCGAUCAUCACUCCACGGUUCGUGCCGACCUGCACGCGGCCUGCUCUAGAGGGACUCGGAAAGCUGGCGGCGGAGUUCAACCCACCACUACACAUUCAAACACAUAUCUCCGAGAACACGAACGAGGUCAAGCUCGUCAAGGAGUUAUUCCCUGAAUCAAAGAGCUACGCAGAUGUCUACGACAAGUAUAACCUACUCACGAAGCGGACGAUCCUGGCUCAUGCCGUUCACCUCACCCCCGACGAGCGCACUCUGGUUCGUCAGCGGGACGCGAAGAUCUCACAUUGUCCGGCGUCAAACUCGGCUCUUGGAUCGGGUAUUGCCCCCGUUCGCGUCUUCCUUGACGAAGGCAUUACCGUUGGCCUGGGCACGGACGUGAGCGGUGGUUAUAGUCCCAGCAUCCUCGAAGCUGCGCGCCAGGCUUGUCUCGUGUCCAGACUACUCGGCCAUACUAAAUCUUUCUGCCAAACGGGAAACAAGCAUGCACAUGAGAACGGAUAUGUCGACAAGCCCACCAUCGGCCGCGAGAAACUGUCUGUCGAAGAGAGUUUGUACCUCGCAACCCGCGGCGGUGCAGCGGUCGUGGACAUGGCAGAUGAUCUCGGUGGAUUCGACAAGGGCAUGAUCUGGGAUGCGCAACUCAUCGAGCUCGGGGCUGUCCGAGAAUUAAGCCAGAACCCACUCGAGGCGCAAACUGAAGGUACUUCCAGUCUGGUGAAGACUGGUCCGGUUGGUAACGUGGAUCUCUUUGGAACGGAGACGUGGGAGGAGAAAAUCCACAAGUGGGUUUGGAGUGGUGAUGAUCGUAAUGUCAAGGCUGUUUGGGUCGCCGGACGGCUGGUUCAUUCGAGAUCCUAGGGAUCUUUGAUGAAUGAUUUGUUUUUUUGACUGUGUACUCUUAGCGGAUGGUUGUACCCUCUUGGGCACCCCUUAUUGACUGGGGAUUAUAGAUUUGGAGAGCAUAGAGAGACAUGUUAAUAAUUUGUUGAUUGUAUAUGCCAGUGAUCUAACAAGUAAUUUUUGAUGA